UGAAAACAUUAUUUAAGUAAACUCGACGCUUGAUCGAUGGAGGAUAAAAACAAUAAUUAUCGAAAUGAGCUGAGAGGCUAUUUCUAUGGGUCUAAGUAUCCAUCUACUCUUCAUGAAAACAAUGAUAAUGGGCUGCGUGGCCAUAAGGAUAUUGAUUAUCGAUCGCGUCACGAAAGAAGCAGUCCUCCGAAAAAUAAAUCCCAGGUUUGCAAACAAGCGGGAAAAUUCCAGACAAGACAGGACAUCCAUCGUGAUUACAUAAAGUGUCAGUGUCAGGAUCAUCAGUGCCCGCAUGGACAACGCCAUUAUCGUGCUCAAGAGCGCUUAACCAGCAAUUAUUGUCACGGUGAUUGUCCACAAUCACACCAAUACCAGAAUCCUCGUCAGCAGUCGAAUCCGAGGAUUGUGAACGAAUCCAGUCCCAGAUACUCACCCAAUCCACUAAAUUCCAAAGUUCAUUUCACUCGUAAUACUCAAAACCAGGAAUCGAGAAUUGAAAAAAACGGAGAAGAUUGUCUGCUCUACAAGAACUCUACUUUUGGAGCCCUUCCAUCUAGUAAAAGUGAGCACGGGGACGGGGAGGUUGGUGAGAAUAGACCCACAAACCGAUGUAGCCACCAGCAUCAUAAGAAGGACUCCAAUAGCUACCUUAAAAAUGGUACAUUCCAAAAACAGUUUCCCUUUUCCAGCGACGAGUCCACCUCCAAAGGAUCCAAAUCAAAACCAUCCCAAGCUACCGUGAUUAGCGCAAAAAGUGGCGACGAUCUAAGGGCAGCUGUUCGUUCGCAAAUUGAAAUGCAAGAGGCUUUGGAUGAUUUGGCACUCGAAAUGAAGGCUAAAAAAGAGGGUAAUGCUAAAUCGGUGAAAAGCCGAGUACCCAAUUCCGAUCCACAGACCGAGGAAGUGGUUGCAGUUGUCGGAGAUCACCAUUCAAAUACAGUAGAUCCAGAUGAGCUUGAUGUUGUGGAUUUUAGUGUCAGUGCCGAUGACAUAGUCAGUGCCAAAGUAAUUGAUCCGAUGAUAAGGAAAAUUCAACGCAUGUAUCUAAACACACUCAAGGAGGAAAUGCACCUCAUGGAAUAUUUGGAGAAGGUACCGAAGUUGGUCAGCGAAGUGUAUAAGCGGGAGGCAGCUGAAAAAGAGCAGAAGAAGCACUAGGAAAUACUUAAAAAAUAUUUUAACUUCAUUUAUUUUUCUUAUAUUUUGUAUAAUAAUAAUCCAGCAGCAACUAUC